ACAGGCAGACUAGGUCUAUAGUAAUAGGCUGCUCCAGUGUUCUGGAACUUGAUGAUGUCACAAUGCCACUUUACCAGGGAUGGAGCACUAGUUAUUAUAAGGGAACAUUAUGAGGUAACGUUGCCACGGAAACACACUUCUAACAUAAUCCCAGACCACAUUAAAAUUGUUAGACAAGCUCAGGAAGAGCGUGUUAGCUACAUCUCUCAACCUAUAACUGAUUUGAUUGAUUACAACAGUACACUACCCUAGCGUGUUAUGGGUCAGACACUUAGUGACCCUGUCCCUCUGGUCUCCCCUAGGGAGCAACCAAAGGAGACCCACAAACAUAAAAAUAAACCCAAGGAGAAGAGCAUCCCUCCAGCCCUGACCUUUCUUCAGCUGUUUACACUGCUGAGCUGCGUCAGGAUGAAGAAGACACCAUUUGAUCCCUCCCAGAGUGGUGAGGGGAGAAAGGCAACAACGAUACGCGAUACGAACAACAAUAAUGACUCUGAUACUGGCUCUGACUAUUCUGCAGGUGAUGUGAAAAGGAUCAAGGACAAGAGUAAAGGAAAGGAUCGGAAAGAGAAAGUUUGGAUUGAAGUUCAGAAAUCUCAGGACCACAAACGCAGAACGACACCGGAAACAGAAAAAGACAUUAAACAAAGAUCUAACUCGGUCUCCCCUGUGGAGAAAGCAAAGGAGACCCAGCAGAAAGAGAAGAAGCAGAGCAUAUAUCCAGCUGUGGCGGCCCUGCAGCUGUUCACUCUCUUCUGCUGUGGAGGGAAAGUCAAGCUGAAGAAAACUCGUCCCUCUCAGCACAGACAGAGUAAAAAGGACCAGGACGAAGAUAAUGCAUCUGAUACUGGCUCAGACUGGUCUGGAGGAGAUGUUACAACCAAAAAGGUCAAGGACAAGAGUAAUGGAAAGGCAAAUCAAAGGACACCCCGGCAAGUGAAGACCCAUGUGGAGAAAAAUUUACAUAAGUCCUGA